AUGGACGACAUCGCUCGCGUUAGGAAGGAUAGUGAGGCAAGGGAGGCUGAGAAGGCGAGACAAAAGCGCGCAAAGCGGAUGGACUGGCUUAAGCAACAGCUUCAGCCCCCAACAUAUGAGUAUGAACGUGAGGCUUAUACAGAAGAGCUAGGUGCCGGGUCAUCGGGUCUUUGGGUGUUUGAGGACCCCAGCUUCAAGGCAUGGUGGGACCCGGAGGGAAGUGAUCAUCGAACACUCUAUAUAAACGCCGUUCCUGGAGCAGGGAAAUCCAUGCUCGUGACCACUAUCCUGAAUAGUAUCCUCGACAAAGCGCUUCGGUCUCCCAGCGGCUGUUGGAAACCAAUUCUUUACUUUUAUUGCAGGCACAAUCAAGAGAAUAAGCGAACGUUCCGCGGAAUUCUUCGGAGUAUGCUACACCAACUCCUAAGCCAGGAUGCUGCCCUGUGCGACACUGCCUAUGAGGAGCUCCAGGCUUUUGAUGCGGUCAAGCUCCGCUCGACGGCUUGGCUCUCGGCGUACCUAAAAGAGAUAUUGCCAAUGUACAGCAAAUCCUACCUCCUGAUUGAUGGCCUCGACGAAUGCACGGAUCUGGAGGCUCGAAAAGCACUGGACUGGUGUCUCUCGCUAGAGAAAGGUGGAACCGAUCACGCCGUUCGUGUCUUGUUUUCAGGUCAAAGAAGCGUUGAGCUUUUUGAGAAACUUUCCGGCUACCCUUCGAUAGCCCUGGAAUUUUCUCCGCAUCUAAGGGAUUUAAAACGGUAUUGCCUCUCUCGACGGGAUGAGUUCUGUGAGAAGUUUCCCUUCUCACAGGCGGAGGCAACAGCUGUCGUGAACAAAGUUGAGAACGAAGCGGCAGGCAUGUUCCUCUUCGCCAAGAUCGUCCUAGACAACCUUCUAAGCAUCAAUAGUCUUGACCAGUUACACGAGGAACUUCAAGAUGGAACAUUUCCAACCGGGCUUGACAAGGCGUACCAACGGGUGGUUUCCCGCAUCUACGACGAAGUUAAGCCGCAUGUGAAAGCCGACGUGGGAAAGAUUCUCGAGUGGGUUGCCAGCGCCAAAAGGCUCCUUUACUGGAGGGAGAUCCAGGCGGUCUUUUGCAUCGACCUCGACAAGCAGGAAGCCUUCUACAAAGAGCGGAGACUUCUUGCAUCAUGUAAAGAGCUCUGUGGAUCCUUGAUUGACUUACGGCAACCACCAGAUGCCCCCGAGUCAGAGAUGCUGGUGCAACUCGUCCACGAGUCUGCGAGAGGCUUUCUCUCCCGCCGCAAGUUGAUCCAGCCAGAAUUACAAAAUGCCCACAUCACAUUGUACUGUUUGCGGUAUCUUAGCACUGACCCGUUCAAGCCGAACCUAUCCGACGCGGAGCUCAGAAUAAACGUGGAAUCUGGGUAUUACGCUUUGCACGAUUAUGCCGUGGCGAUGUGGUACGAGCACCUUGAUCGCCUAGUGUCGGAUCUAGGUCCAGCGGAAGCGGUACGAAAUGCUCAAAAGCGAGAGCGCAGUGACAUUAGCUGCCUUCGCAUUGCCUGCGAGAAGGCACUUGCGUCUUUUUUCGGCUAUACGGAGGGAUAUCAAGACAGCAUCUUAUAA